AUGACCGCACCGCCCGCGCUGGCGACGCCGCCCGCAGUGCCAGCACCACAACGGGCCCUGCAGCGCCCGAAGCCGCAAGCCCUGCCCUCGCGCUCAGGCCCCAGCUCCAUCCUUGUUUCGCCGCGCCAAAAGGGCAAUCCAAUCUUAAACAACGUCAAGUCGACCGCCUGGGAGUACUCAGACAUCCCAGCCGAUUAUGUUCUGGGUGCCACAACGUGCGCGCUGUUCUUGUCGCUCAAGUACCACCGCCUGCACCCCGAGUACAUCUACAACCGCAUCCGCGACCUGAAGGGUCAGUAUGACCUGCGCAUCAUCCUGACCAUGGUCGACGUGGAGAACCAUGAGGAUUCGCUGCGAGAGCUGUCGAAAACGUCGCUGGUUAACAACGUCACCAUCAUGCUGUGUUGGAGUGCACAGGAGGCGGGCCGCUAUCUGGAGCUGUUCAAGACGUUCGAACAUGCUGCGCCCACGAGCAUCCGCGCUAAGCAGUCGUCUACCUACGCAGAGAAUAUGGUCGAAUUCAUCACAGUGCCACGCGGCAUCAACAAGACAGACGCCGUGGGCUUAGUGUCCAAUUUUGGCAGCAUUCGGACUGCAAUUAACGCAGGACCAGAAGAGAUCGGCUUGAUCGCUGGUUGGGGUGACAAGAAGGUGCAGCGCUGGUGCAACGCAGUCAAAGAGCCCUUCAGGGUCAAGAAGGCUGCGAAAAGAGGCCUGACUCGGGAGAGCACUCAAGUAGACCUUUCGAGAGACACUUCCAUGGCACAAGGUGAGAGCCAAAUGCCAGGAGAGCCUGAUGUUCAGGCAAUGGCACGUCAGAGACUCGACGAUGCAGUACCAGUAGCUCUUGAGAUGCAGCAGGCUACAGCGACGUCAGCCGCAAACGCAGGCGCAGACGCAGACAGGCGGCCUGACCACCGGCCGGCUGAAGUCUUGAAUGAUUUCGAAGACGACGAAGACGCUCUUCAAGAGAUCGACCGUGCACCUGAACCUGCUACUGCUAGACCUGCGAAGCGCAAGCAGGCUGAGGAGGACGUCAGCGAGGAAAUUCAGAUCGAGAUCUUUAGUUAUCUUCGAGGCUCAAACCUGAAGGCUGUACGUGGGGUUUGUCGUGCCUUUCGAGACAAUGCUGAGCCUACUCUGUUCCGAUAUGUCAUUGCGACAGCACGGUACCAAUCGCUUGGAGCCUUCCAAAAGAUAUCAUUGUUUACGGUGUUUCAAAAGCAUGUUAGGGAAAUCAUCUUUGACGGUUCUGUGUACGACCAACUACUCGCGAGACAUGAACCAUCCUACCACGCACACGCUGCUAGGGUACCUAGCCUUGAACAAGGCUUUACUUAUCACAAGCAUGGUCGAUGGAAAAGAUAUGCUCAACUCUACAAGGAACAAGAAGAGAUGAAGAGCGACGGCGUGCUCGUCCAAACCAUCUCUCGGGCCUUAGAGUGGAUGCCAAACAUCACAUGUAUUACUUACUCACCACACCCUCACCAUCUUCGCACUGAGCUGAAGGAAACGCAAGACUUGGUCCCGAGAGGUGUCACAACCUCAUCCACGACCAACUACACGUCUUCUGAACACCCUUUUCGCCAACUCAUUGCUGCACUGUACAUGUCCCAGUUCACUGGAAUCCGCGAGUUUAGAACAGAAGCCAUUGGCAAAGAACCUGGCACCGAGUUCGCUCUCGACAUCUUCAAUCUCGAUGACAAUGAGAUGGUAGCUGCUAAGUUUCUCUUUCAGCACCUUGAGAAGCUUGUGCUCAGUAUGGCGCUUUGGGUGUCCAAAGACGAUAAGUGUGGCGAGAUUAUGGACAAAUUUGCUACGUUGGUGCGUACUUCUACAGAACUGCGAUAUCUCCACUUCCACCCUACGCAUUGGAAGCCAGAAAUGGGCGUUCGGCCUCUCUUCGCUAACCUUGGACUGCAAACAACGUGGCACAAACUGCAAUCUUUGAGCUUGAAGUAUGUCCUUGCGGACGAUGAUGAGUUCCUAGGGAUCAUAAAGCGUCACAAGAAAACCCUGGUCUCCGUCAGGCUCAGCAAUUGUAGUCUUUCCAAGGGCCUAUGGGCUGAUAUUGUUGACGAGGUCGUUUACGGCACCAAGAUCGAUCAAUUCAUCUUGCACCGCGUGAGCGAGAGAGAUGUGCCCAACAUCCCUCACUUGUCGCUGGGCGCAUCAGAGAAGGAGCUUUGGAAGUACGAAGGCCAUCUUACAAUGACGAAAGAUGGCGACCGCAAUUUUAUCGACAGCAACGCUGCGAAGAAGUCUGUAUACGAAUCACGAGAAUAA